AUGUUCGACUGUGAGAACGAUCCGGGAUGGCAGUUUCUUCGAAUGAGUCGCGAGCAAAUCAUUCAAGAUCAAUCUCAACCCUAUGACUCAAAGAAAAACUGCUGGGUGCCCGACGAGGAGGAUGGUUUCCAAUCGGGUGAAAUCAUCAAAACCGCCGGGGAAAUGGUCACCGUUGUCACCAGAUCUCAGAAUGAGAUCACUCUCAAGAAAGAGCUUGUCCAAGAGAUGAAUCCACCGAAAUUCGAGAAAACCGAGGACAUGUCCAACUUGUCUUUCCUCAACGACGCCUCUGUGCUUCAUAACUUGAGAGCUCGCUACAAGAUGAUGCUUAUCUAUACCUACUCUGGCCUCUUCUGUGUUGUCAUCAAUCCCUACAAGCGUCUUCCCAUCUACACCGAAUCUGUUGCUCGAAUUUUC